AUGGUCAAACGAAAACUUGGAGCCCUUGAAAAAGUCGACGCCGACCUCGCAAACCUCCAGAACAAAAUCAAACGAGACCCCGCCUCGUACCAUAGCGAUUUCCUGUCCCAACACAUUCAAUAUGAAAACCAACGACAGAUUUUUGUGCAGGCACCCACGUCGACUUCAGACAACGGAGUCAUUUCGUUUCGCGACUUGAUCGAAUUCGUGGCACAUGUAUCGGACUGCUAUAAAGAGGAGACAAAAGAGUUCCCUCGGGAAUUGAUCGAGAUCCUGUGUACACAUCAUGCGACACUGGAACCGGAGCUGAGAGAAAAGAUCGUGGGCAGUCUAGUUUUACUUCGGAAGAAAGAUAUGGUCGAUUCGAUCACACUGCUGCAAUGUUUUUUCCCUAUCCUGAUAUCCACGCCGAGCAAGGCUCUACGGGCGCUGCUCUUUCAGAAGAUCGUCAGUGACCUGCGCUCCUCGAAUUCCAAGACCGUCAACCAUAAACUCAAUCGGGUGGCGCAGACUGCUCUGCAUAAUCUAGUUACGGAAGAUCGGUCGUCGCCAAAGGCAUUAUGGGCGGUCAAGAUUACACGAGAGAUGUGGAAACGGCAGAUCUGGACCGAUACCAAGGCGGUCGAGAUCAUGAAAGAGGUAUCUCUGGGCGACAACGAAAAAUGCAUCGUCGGAGGUGUACGAUUCUUCUUAGGCGGCGACAAGGAACGCGAGGAGCUGGAAGAUGAGAGUUCAGAUGAAGAUCCGGUGGAUGUGAACCAGCUACGGCAUCAGAUUGGAAUCAACAAAAAGAGCAAGAAAGCUGCGAGGAAACUCGAGAAAGCGGCGGCAACCAUUCGUCGGAAGGAGAAGAAAAAGGGACAACCACAUCCAUUGAACUUUUCGGCGUUGCAUCUGUUGCACCAUCCACAGGGCUUUGCGGAGAACUUGUUCUCGAAGCAUCUGCAGAAUACCAGAUCGAAGUUGAACCUGGAGCAGAAACUUCUGGUUCUGCAGCUCGUGUCAAGAUUGAUUGGGUUACACAAGUUGACGGUGAUCAGCUUCUACUCUUACUUCCUCAAAUACCUUACUCCUCGCCAGCCUUCAGUCACGUCGUUUCUGGCGUCAUUAGCGCAGUCGACGCAUAAUCUGGUGCCACCGGAUAUAUUGGAGCCACUGGUCCAGAAGAUUGCGAACGAGUUUGUGUCGGAGGCAGCUGCUGGAGAGGUUGCUGCCGCCGGGUUGAACGCAAUUCGAGAGAUUUGUGUUCGGCAGCCAUUGGCUAUGAAUGACACGUUACUCCAAGAUUUGGUCAUGUAUAGAAAGAGCAAAGACAAAGGAGUCAUGAUGGCUGCCAAAGGUUUGCUGGGCUUGUACAGACAGGUCGGAGCAGAGAUGUUGAAGAAACGAGAUCGUGGCCGAGAUGCGACUCUCGGUUUACGUUCAGGGGAGCAAAAACAACAGAGGUUUGGCGAGGAGGCCGCUGGUGAGAUUGAAGGCCUCGAGUUGCUUGCCAAAUGGAAGGAAGAACAGAAAGACAAGAAAAGGCAGGAUGGCGCCGAUGGAGACGAAGACGAUGAAGAUGAGGAAGCCUGGAAGGUCCAAGAAGAUGAUAGUGAUGAUUCUGGUGGUUGGAUCAACGUGGAGAGUGAUGAGGAAGUCGAUAUCAGUGACCGUGAAAGCGAAUGUGAAGACGGGAAACCGACAGCGAAGAAGGUUCGAUUCGACGCAGGAGAGGAAUGGGAUUCAGAACCCCAGAGCACAACACAACCUCCGAAAUCGGAUCUUGCAACCAGUCAGAUUUUGACACCCGCCGACCUGGCCAAACUGCAGGAACUUCGAACAACCGCUUCGGUAUCCUCGCUGAUGAAGAAUCAUAAAUCGCAUCACGCGGCACAGAACCAUCAAACAAACUCUCAACGACACAUUGAUGACCCACUGACAGCAGCGGAAAUUGAAGGUCUAGCAUCUUUAUCCCGGGGAAAGGCAACCCGUGCGCAGAAAUUGGCCUUACUGCAAGAACAUAAAGAGGAUCGUGAGGAACACAAAUCGAAAGCGGCAAGGAAGAAGGAGCGUAAGGAGACUCAAGGGAAGAGUACAACGAAUAGAGAAAAGGCGCGCAAGAAGAAUUUCCUAAUGACUCUGAGCAAGGCCAGGUCGAAAGGGAAGAGGAGUUUGGUAGAGCAUCGGAAGAUCCUGAGGGCGCAUGCAGAGAGAAGUAAGAAAGGUGGGAGGAGAGGGAAUCGAGGCUGA